UCAAUUUCACAGAACCCAACUAAUAUAAUCUUGCUCGAAAUUUACCAUAUUGAAUUUCCCAUCCACCAGUGAACUCGUGGGACUUAGGCCAUUAAUUAAUCCUUCAAUCAUAUAUCUAGCAAUUUCUCUCGAUCAAUGCCCCGACGGGACGUAAAUGGAAACUGAUCCUCGCUUUCCUACCUGACCAUCGCUCGUUGGCCCUUGUUAAAAGCAUGUCAAAUCUUUUGUGAUUUGCUUUCAGAAUUUUAGCAGACGCAGCUGAGAUGAAAAGAAAGAGGAGCCCUUCAGAUAAGUUUGAGGUGUUCUUGAGUUUUCGAGGACCGGAUACUCGCACUAAUUUCACAGAUUUCCUCUAUUAUACCCUGCUUGAUAAGGGUAUCGGUGUUUUCAUAGACAAUCAGGGGAUUGAUGUUGGUGAAGAGAUCGGUCCCGAGAUUUUCCAAGCCAUCGAUGACUCGGAAAUCUGCAUUCCCAUCUUCUCCAGAGGCUAUGCCUCUAGUAGCUGGUGCCUACGUGAGCUGGAACACAUGAUGAAGCGUAGGAAAACCAAUGAACUUGAGGUUAUGCCCAUUUUCUAUGAUGUGGAACCCUCCGACGUGAAGCUUGAAACCAGAGUGUACAGGGAUGCACUAACUCUGCAUGAACAAAAACGUGGUAUUGAGAUUGUGCAGCGCUGGGCGGAGGCACUCAAGGAAGUUAGUAGAAUCAAGGGUUGGGACACCAAGAAUACAGGCCACGGAGAACUCGCACGAUUGAUAGCUCGGAAAGUGUUAGUUAAGCUUAAGGGGUCUUGUGUUCAUAUACCCGAUCAUUUAGUUGGAAUGGACGAAUCGGUGAAUGAAUUAGUAGAUUUACUUAAUGUUGAAUCUAAGGACAUAAGGCUUAUCGGAAUUUGCGGGAUGGGUGGAAUAGGCAAGACAACUCUUGCCAAGGUUGUUUACCAGAAGGUAUCUAUUCAUUUUGAGAGCCAUAGCUUCAUUCCAAAUGUCCGAGAAGGAUCUAAAGGUUCUGGUCUUAUAAAUUUGCAGAGGCAAUUGGUCUCUAAUAUCAUUGGUGACAUAGGAUUUGAACUUUCUAGCAUUGAUCAGGGGAUGAAUAUGAUCGGAGAUCGAUUUUGCAGAAAGAAAGUUCUUAUUUUCCUUGAUGAUAUCGAUCAUACAAGCCAGCUCAUGGCAUUGGCAGCAAAGAAAGGAUGUUUGGGUUCAGGAAGUAGAAUAGUUGUUACAACAAGAGACAAAAGUGUUUUAUAUCGAUUGCAAGAUCAAUUUAGUUGUUGUUUGAUUUAUGACGUUAAGGAACUCAACCAGCUCGAAGCUCUCCAACUUUUUAGAAAGCAUGCCUUUAGAAGCGGCUCUAUUCCAAAUGCAUUCUUGAGUCUAUUUGAGAAAAUUACUACAAAAACUGGAGGGCUUCCUUUGGCUAUAGAAGUGAUUGGCUCACUUUUAUAUGGAAAAGGGGAAGCGGUUUGGCAAGAUAAACUGAAAAAGAUGGAACAUCAUCUUCAUAGGGAUGUGAAGGAAAAAUUAAUGUUGAGUUAUGAGGCAUUAGAUCAUUUGCAAAAGCAAAUAUUUCUUGAUAUUGCUUGCUUUCUAGAUGGAAAAGAUAAGAGUUAUUCACAUUAUAUGUGGGACAAUUGUGGAUUUUUUCCAGAUGAGGGGAUUGAUGUUUUGCUUUUAAUGUCCUUAGUGAAGAUUGGUGAAAGGAAUAAACUAUAUAUGCAUGAUCAGCUCAAGGACUUAGGCAGGAGCAUUGUGUACGAAGAAUGUCGCAAAGACCCAGAAAAGGGUUAUCGGGUGUGGUUGAAUGAGGAGGAAGGUCCUGAUAUUGUCCGGCAAACGAAGGUAUAAAUCUAAGUGCACCCUCAUCUACUUUUUUUCAUUGCAGAAAUCUUCCUUUGACUGUUUUCCCUUUAUUUUAGGCUCUAUUUGGAACUCCUCACAUUAAACCGAUUCUUUCCUCAAUUUAGGGAACCGAAACUGUU